GACACCAGUUUAAAUAUGACGGUUGGCUGUUUGUGCCGCGCACUGUUGAUUCAGAGGGAGAUUGGAGCCGUACAGGUGUGGAACCAGUGGGAACCAAGAGGCUCUUCUUGUUCUGACGGCAUCAAUAAAACCGUCAGCAUGUUGGAUCACGGAGGAAGUGAUUUGAUGGCAGGUCAGGUUCUGUCAGCCGCCUUCAAAUUCACUGAAGGUGGCUUUAUGUUUGAUGCUAAACCACAAGCAUCCCUGCAGCAUCUGCAUAGGAAGACCACCGUAAAGGAGCUGCUAAUGAUGAGACGCCAGAAAUGGAACUCGGAGCAGAAAUGGAACUCGGAGCCUAAAUUAAAGUCUCCCAAAUACGAGCCUAUCGCCGCGGACAGGAGUCCCCAAACGGCGACCUCUCCGACGUCCCUCCACCUGAGCUCCACCGCCUGCUUCUUCCCGGCUCUCCCGGAGAACGCCGUCAUGGGGCUGCAGGAAGUGCCGCAGCCUGUGCAGCCUCCCGCUCAGGAACACGACGUCCCAGCCUCUGGAGGGAAGAUGACUCUGUUUCACUGGCAGAUACAACAAGAGGCCAAGAAGGCUGAGGGCCUGUCUCCAGAGCAGGUCUGCAUGCAGGACUCGGACGGCGACACGUUUCUUCACAUCGCGGUGGCUCAGGGCAAGCGAGCCCUCUCUUACGUACUCGCUGCGAAAAUGGCUAGGUACGGCUCCCUGGACGUGAAGGAACACAACGGGCAGACGGCCCUCCAGAUCGCGGUGGCCACCAAUCAACACCUGAUCAUUUCCGACCUUCUGAGUCACGGAGCACAGGUCAACAUCAGGGAUCUGUGGGGGCGCUCGCCUCUGCAUGUGUGCGCCGAGAAAGGCCACUACCUCAGCCUCCAGAGCAUCUGUAAAAGCCUGGCAGGGCGCGGCCCACCGGUCGAUGUUGAAAUGUUUAACUACGACGGUUUAACUCCGCUCCACGCCGCAGUUUUGUCUCACAACGCCGUCGUCAAGGAAGUGAGGCACCUGGAAAACCCUUGUCCGUUCAUGAUCUCAGAGCUGGCGCACAGGAGGCGCAGGUAUGUGGAGUGCGUCAGGACGUUAAUGCACAUGGGCGCCUCCUACGGGACAAAAGAUCUGAAAAGUGGGAGGACUUGCCUUCACAUGGCCGCCGAGGAGGCAAAUAUUGAGCUGCUUCACCUUUUCCUUGAACAGCCAAUGUCUCUUGCUGCUGUAAACGUAAAGACGUUCAGCGGAAACACGGCCCUGCACAUCGUCAGCUCUCUGCAAAACUACAGAAAUCAGGCGGAGGCCGUGAAGCUGCUGAUGAGGAAGGGCGCCGACCCCGGGAUGAGGAAUUUGGAGAACGAGCUGCCGUGUCAGCUGGUGCCCGAAGGAUCCGUUGGUGAAAAGGUCCGGCAGAUCCUGAAAGGGAAGUACGGUCAGGUUUAAGUAAAACUCCAGAAUACUGUCAGUCAGACAGUCAGCUUUAUCAUAUUGGAAAUUUGCCCAGAAAAGGCAGAUGAUUGUUGUUUCAGUGAAACACUCCCAUGCGUUCGUUACUAUGUAAUGUGUAGAUAUUUUUGUUGGGGUCUGUGCUAUGAAGUGGGUCAGCUAAAGUUAAUUUAUGGGUGUCCAAGCGUUGGCUCCACUUACGGCGGUGAAACUUCUGCUGGAAAUCGAAACCAGGAUCCCUUUGUCAUAUUUGGCUCUUAGCAACAGUUACACAUUUUAUUAGAUUGAAUUCUUUGCUCUAGAGCCCAAACGUUAAUCUUUUAUUUUUAUCAGAGGUGCACCGAUUUAUCGGUGACGAUUUCCUUAAUUUUGGGACGUUGGUGAUCGGCCGAUUUUUACAUAUGAAGCUGAUCUUAUCUACAGAUCUUAUCCAGCUUGGCAAAGGUCUAAGAAUAGACAAAUACAAGACAAAUAGUGGGUGGGGCAAUUAAUAAAUGGCAUUUUUGCCCCAAAGCCAUUUCAUACCUACAGCAGGUCCUACUGAAGUUUUUUUGGGGAUUACGAUUUGUUAGAUUAUGAUCUAAUUGUUAAUCCCACUUUGUAGAACAGACCCUUUUUUUUUUUAAACACUUUGUUUGGAUUUUGCAGAGAACUAAAGCUAAGCUAAUAAGCAUUUAUAAAGUUGUAAUAAGUAGUAGCAGAAUAAAUGUCAAAAAUAAGGGAAUAAAGUCAUAUUAGAAGAAUUAAGCAACUUUGAGAACUCUUCCAUAAAGAAUCAAAAUAAAUUAGUGUUGAGCUACUGAAGUUAUUCUUUUGAAUUGGUUUUACAAAUAAGGAACUACUUCAUAUUUUAACAAAUCAACAUCAAAUGAAUCAAUUGUUCCCCUUUCAGAGAAAGAACUAGACUUGUCAAACUGGUCCAGUCAGAUCUUGACGACUUUAAUGAAGCUUUUUUCUUAAAGACUUUUUUCCUCACUAUAUGACUUUAUUCUCAUAAUUUAAAAUAGAAAAAUAGAUCUUAGUUUGGCCCUAAUGCAUAGGAUUAGUAUAGGAUUUUGGUGGUGGGGAGUUCAAUGUGAUUUAUUGUUUAUAGGCUUGUGAUGUUGGUGGAGGUGUCAUUUUAAUAUAAACUUUAGAAUAUUACCUGUACUUAACGUUUACGGUUUUUGGUCAAAUUUGAAUCAAGUCACUGGAUGUGGGAAAUAUGGUGGUUUUUAUUUUGCAUUGAAUAAGUACUGAUUUUCUAUGGCUGCAAGGUGAUGUAAAAUGCAAAUAAAACAUUUUUUUAAACUGUUAAA